AUGGUCUCAACGGCAGUGUACAAUACGGCCAGCGGAUCGGACAGUGACACCCUCAUGUGUCAGGGCAGCGACUCUGGCUCAGUCAGCGAGGAACCGGGCGUCUUUUUAGGUGCCGAAGCUGGCACGGCCGCCUUUCCCAGCCCACGAACCAGCAGCACGACGCACAGAAGUGGGCAAAUGUAUCGCCGACAAGAAUCCUCCCCAACCUCCUGUGCAAAGUUCUUGCCCCAAGGGGUGAUUGAAGCACGCUCCCGCCAACGGCUCCAGCGGGAUGAGGAAAGCUGGCGAAAUUGGCAUGACGAGAAGCUUCCUCACAUCUUUUCGCAACUCAUGCCAUAUCGGCAGGUGACAUCGACGGAAAUGGAAACCACUCGCUCAAGCUCCGAAUGGGAGCCUCUAAACUCAACGUUCGUGGACGAAUACGCCCAUGUCAUCAUCAACGACACAGAGAGAUCUGAGUACGUUCUUUUCGUGCAUGACUUUGGCUUGAACAGUGAAGAAUCCGAAGGAGGCAGACGGUACGUACUCGUGACUAAGUAUUCGCUCCUCUUCCGAACCUAUCCAUUUGAGGGUCUCAAGGGUUCAGAGAAAGAAUUGGUUCUGCACUUCCGAAGCUUUGAAAACAUGGCCAAGCGACAGGAUGCCGAGUGGCUGCCGCUGGACGUGAUUUUAGCUGCCAGCUGGCUAGAAGUCGACCACGUUGUCGAGGUUCCUGAAGGUGAGAGAAUGCCCCUCAGAAAUGCCAUUCCUCCCCCUCGAUACUGA